AAAUAGAAAAAAAUAUUUUUUUGAUUUAUAAAAUUUAUUUAUAUGUUCGCACCAAUUUAAUUAUAUAAGUAGUAGAUAAUGACUUUUAAUUAUUCAAUAUAUAUUUUUAUUUCAUAAUAUGUCAUAAACAUAUAAUAUAUAAAAUAAUUUAUAUAUAUAAUGUUCAUCCCGCGCAAGGCGCGGGUCUUAACCUAGUAUACUAACUAUUUUGGAUCUAUAUUUAAAACACAAACUAAUUUACGUUGCCUAAUAAAUAUACAAACUUUUGAAAUUCAUAGAUUUUACACAUCAUUUUUUAGACGACAUCGGUUAUGUUUAACGGAUGUAACGACGGCAUUAGUGUUUGAUUAUACCUGAAUUAAUAUUCAUUUGCUAAUAAAAUACACAAACUAUUUUGGAUCCCCGUUUAAUAGACAAACUAAAAUUUGUUUUCCCAUUAAACACACAAACUUUUGAAAUUUGCAGAUUUUAGACAUUGAUUUAGACGACGUCAACUAUGUUUAACAGGAUUUACUGAUUUAGACGACAUCAACUAUGUUUAACAGAAGUGAAGAUGAUGUUAGUUUUUAAUUAAACAUGUGGUUAAACUAUGAAGAGAUAAUUUCUUAGAAACCCUCAUGAUAGAUAAUAUUGUUAGCUUUCUUUUCUAUUAACCUUCUAUGAUGUAAAUUAACCUUGAUUGACUCAUUAUCACUGCAUUCAAAACGAAAUAAGAAUCAGAAACACAUAACACUAAACUAAUUCCAAAAUCAGAAACUAGUUUAAAAUUAUUUAGUUUCUUUGUCCUUUUUCAUCACAUGGAAAUUGACUCCACUUCGAAGCGAUAUAAAGGGAAAUCAAAGCGGAAAAAAAGAAGAAAAAGAACAAAGUUUAGAGAAUAAGAGAGCUUUUGGCUGACGAUGAGUAUGUUUUUCAUAGUUUAACCACGUGUUUAAUUAAAACUAACGUCAUAUUCUGUUAAACAUAGUUGACGUCGUCUGAACAGAUGUGUAAAAUCUGCAAAUUUCAAAAAUUUGUAUAUUAAAUGGAAAACAAAACUUAGUUCGUGUAUUAAACGGAGAUCCAAAAUAGUUAGUGUAUUUUAUUAGCAAAUGAAAAUUAGUUCGCGUAUCUUUAAGGAAUUUUCAUUUCACAGUUUAACCAAGUGUGUAAUUAAACAUUAACGCCGUCACCACAUAGUUGACGCCGUCAAAACAAUGUGUAAAACCUACAAUUUUUAAAAGUUUGUGUAUUUAAUACAUAACAAAAAAUUAGUUUGUGUAUAGAUCCAAAAUAGUUUGUGUAUUUUAUUAAUAAAUAAAAAUAAGUUUGUGUACUUUUUAGGAAAUUUUCCCAAAAUAAAAUUAUUAGAGGACCAAAUCUUUUUGUUUCCCCUAGCACCAAGGCCUUAAGUAUAUAACAGCCGGCGUGAAGAUAAUUCAAUAUUUUCGCAGUCUUUUCUGAUUCGUUGCUUCUGUUCGUGCUUGGAGUUAGCCAAGAUAUGGACAAAAUCAGUCCGUUGCCUGAUGAAUUGCUUUUGAAGGUACUAUUGCUUCUUCCAACAAAAGUUGCUGCAAGCACAAGUAUUUUAUCCAAGCGAUGGGAGUUUCUCUGGAUGUGGCUGCCUAAACUUGCGUACGACGACUCAAUGGAUGAACACAAUAGUUUACUUGAUUUUAUCACUCUGAAUAUGCCACAACAUAGAGCUCCAGUCAUAGAGAGCUUGCGUCUCAGUUUUAGUUACGGAUACAAAGGAUCAGUUACACGGGAAGAUAUCAGAAUGUGGGUAGCUAUUGCAGUUACUCGCUUCCUUCGUGAGUUGAGUCUUGACCUUACUUUUGAAGUCAAUCCUACUAAACUGCCGAGUAGUUUGUAUACUUGCAAAUCGCUUGUGAUUUUGGAACUGGAAGAGGGGAUUCUCGUUGAUGUUCCUCGUACGACUUGUCUCCCUUCCCUGAAAACUUUGCUUCUUCAAGGCGUUACUUAUGCAGAUCAAAAAUCUCUUCACCGACUUCUUUCCAGUUGCCCUGUUCUUGAGGAUUUAUUUGUGAAACACAAUGGAUGUGAAAGUGAACAUUUGGAAACAUUUAGUGUAAUUGUGCCGUCCCUGCAGAGACUAACCCUAAAGAUAUGUAGAGGAUCUUUUUUCAAAGCGCUUGUGAUGAACACUCCAUCUUUAAAAUAUUUCAAGUUUACGGAUUAUACUUGUGAACAUCAUGACUUUAGUGAUACUGAUAUUGAUUUUGAUUUUGAUUAUAAUGGUUACUCCUUCUAUUCUGAUGAUAUGCCUAAGUUGGAGGAGAUGGAAGUUGAUUCGACAUACCUUGAUACAGAAAACUUUGUUAGUUUAAUCACACAUGUCAAGCGGCUUUCAUUAUGCCUACCAGACCAAGCCGAAAACGAAAAGGUAACAUGUUUCAAUCCAUCUGUCGAUCUCAGUUUAGAACAUCCUCCAUAUUCUUUUUUUUUUAUCGUGUGCAGGCUUUAUAUCGUGAGGGUAUUGUCUUCAGCCAGCUUCGUCGUCUGAAGCUAUGUUCAUGUACUAUAAAUUGGUCAAAAUUACUUGUUCGUUUACUCAAGGAUUCUCCUAAUUUACAAGAGCUUGAGAUCCAUCUAGAUGGUGCUCAUACAAAUAUUUGUGAGGAUCCACCGGUUUGCUGGGAGAAUGAACUGGCCUGUGUUCCAGAUUGUCUGUUGUCGAGUCUCCAAACUUUCAAGUGGACACGGAUAUAUGGGUCGCAAAAAGAGGUAGAUCUGGUCAAAUAUGUGUUGAGAAAUGCUCGCUGCUUAAAGACUGCGACAAUCUUGUUUCGAUCAAUAUCGUAUAGUGCACUGGAAGAGGAUGAGCUUGAAAUGGUUAUACAAGAUUUAUCACUUUCUUCUCGAGGUUCAAAAGAUGUCAAACUCGUAUUUGUUUGAGUAGCUGAAUCAUUUGAUAUGAUGCUUUAGUUUAUAUAAUAAGAUUCAGACUUGCAUUUAUAUAGUGUAUUGACGGGUUCUUUUUCCCGAAUUGGAUUUUUAUAGUGUAUAUGGUUUUAUUGGUUAUUUGGGUUGCUUGGAUAAAGACUGGAGAUCACUUUUUUAAAAGAGUAUUUUUUUUUAUCUUAUUUCAAUUCUUGGGUUACAUGAAUUUUUUUUGUACAAUAAAAUAAUCAAAGUCUCAUUUUUGUUUUAGAUUAAGAUACAUAAUUAAUAAAGCUUUAAUGUUUAUAUGUGUUUUUCGAAGAUUUUUGAUGAUAGUUGACAAUGAAUCUAUUUCUCUCUUUUACGAUUAGUUUCUGAAAUUUAACUCUUGUUCAAGUUAUAAUUUGUCAAUGCCUACAAAUCUUCAUAUAAAAUACUUAAGUUUGCAAUAGCCCCGAUACAAAGGUUCUAUACCAAAGGAUUUAAUCAUCAACAGUUUUAAUGGUUUAUCACCAAAGGCUGCAACGAUUUAUCACACAAUUGUUCAUCUAGACAAUCGUAAUGGUUCACUUAAACGGCUGUAAAGAUUCACUUAAAUUUUUAACAUGGUUAUAUGUUCAAGUACCUACCGGAUACAAGGUGUACGAGAGCAACUGCACAACGCAAAACCCACUUAAAGAAGAAGAGAUUAAAAAGCUAAGAAUCUAAAUCAAGUGGUUCCCACUGAGGAACUCUCUUGCUUAAGAACCUCCCAAUAACCUUUGGAAUCAAAAAUCUUAAGAGCUCCUCCAGAUGUAACACAUCUUGGUGUCUUUAUACUGAUUCACUGACGAUCCUUGUGAGAUACUAAAGUCCAUUAAGGCAUCAAAGGUACCCAAACUCACCAAUCUAAUCUCCAAUGGACCAAUUGAUUUAUCUUUGUUCCUUCACCUCCUGUACACGUAAUCUAGACAAACCUCCAACUCAGAGCAGCAAUCCUCCAGCAUGUUCUCGUCUAGCUUUGGUGGGGACUCGUUGUCGUGAGGGGGCUUCAGCUCCCAGAAGAGCACGUAAUGCGCUGGGACUGAUGAUGUGUCUGCAUAGCUCGUGUACUCAGUGAGCAAGAGUCCUUGGAGAUGGUUCAGUUUGGCUUGUGUCACUGCCUUCAUGAGACAUUCUUCGCUAGUUUUGUCUGUGUCGAUGCUUAAUACAACGUUUCUUCGCUCCACGAAACUGAAUUGAGAUGCCUCGGUGUGGAAACCGGUCACUUUAAGGAUAUUGCCGGCUCUGUAUCUGUAUACAUGUUACUCUAAUAACUACGUAAAAUAAGUAGGGACAUACGUAAAUAGUGAAAACUCUAAAGCUCUUGGUACUAAUGAGUUAAUGUUCACUAAUUAAUGUACGUAUAAACAUUGGAUGCAGCUCGGGGACUCGUGGUGGAAAACCGAAACUAAUGCCUUCUUCUACAGCUGAAGAAUUGAAUAGGAAGACGUUUUUGUACAACAUGCUUGUGCUCGCCAAGGACAUGUAAUAGUUAAUGUUCGUUUAUUCCUGCUUGAGAAUGAUGGACAACCAAUAAUCUUAAUCUUAGAUUUUAUUAUUUAAAUGGUUUAUUUGGUGUUUUGCUUUCUUUGCAGUCUUUCACUACCUUGAAAACGGUUCAUCUAAACUUAUUUUAUCCUGUAAUCUCAAAUCUUUUAAUGCAUUAUUUUAUAAAUGUAUUAUAUCAAUUUAUAUGAACCUCGUAGGAUUAGUUUUUGCACAUAGAAAACCUUGGGAAUCCUUACGGUUAUAAAAAAAUUAUAUUUAAUUUUCACAAAGUCGGAUCAUAGACAGAUUGUUACAUGUUUUAUUUACCCUAUUCCGAGUGAGAUUGGAUCAUUGACCGGACCGGCUCAACAUUUAUUUAGAUUGCUAAUUUUUUAAGCUUUUAAUACUUAUAUUUAUCUAAAAGUAAAAAAUAUAUAAAAUUUGUAAUGAAAACAAAUUAUGUACAUGCAGUAAAAUAUUUUAGGACUUUUUUCAAUCAAAAUUGGUGAAUAUUUGAAAUUUUUAUAAAUAAAUAUAUGCUAGGCCCCUUUAACUACGUGGACAUUGGUUUGGACCCGGACGGUCACUGUUUAUCCCUAUGUUAGCCGGCCCUGAUCAUUGGAUCUUUGAAUACAUAAUUUAGCUAGAGAGACGAAGUGACUUUAGGUUAACAUUGAACCGAAGGAUGUUAUAAUCUGCUGCACGAUCUGUUUAUAUGUAAAGCUAUAUCUCGGUGGGGGAGGGCAUCAGUGGCUGCUACAAAGUGGAGGAAGAGAAAGUAACGGUUCAGGAAACAGGUUAUGUAGACUGUAUCCAGAACCAAGAUGUAACUUUGAACAAUGGCUAAUUCUCUAAAGUAAUGAUCAUAAAAUUAAGAGGUUAGAUUCAUGGAGUCAUACAACAAACUGGUCCUUAAAGCGAAUACGAAGCAAUGAAGUAAGAAAGGCUAAACCCGUGGAAGAAAUGUUCACAAAGGAUUCUACUUUCUGCCUCAUUAAGUCCUCC